CUCCCUUCUUUCCGUCGCCUGCAGCGAUAUGAAUUUCUGCCUCUCGUCUAUCCAGUUCUCUUCUAACAAUGGAAUCCAAUUCUGACCCCGAAAAGGGCGCUCCCACUGAGAAAGGCACCGAGGUCAGCUCCAAUGAGGCCCCUGUCGACAGUUCCCCAGGUAUUCUGGCCUGGUUCAACAGGCUGGAGGAGCGAAUGGACAGAAAACUCGGCGUCGAGUCUGAAGCCAUCGAUCGCAAACGUCCGGAAGACAAGAAGCCAGUCUCCUGGUUUGAAGAACUAACGAUGGCGCUGCUGUGGGCCAGUGGAGUCAUGAACACCUCUUGUUUUGCGACAGGCUUCCUCGGCUGGGAAUUCGGCCUCAAUCUCAAGCAGUCCAUCCUCAUCAUCGUGUUCGCUUCGCUUCUCGGCGGUGCUCUGACUGGAUUCUGUGCGACAUUUGGUGGUGCGACUGGCCUGCGUCAGAUCAGCGUGAGUCGAUACAGCUUUGGAUGGUGGCCCAACAAACUCCCUGCACUUCUCAACGGUAUCCAGCAACUGGGCUGGGCAGCUGUUUCGUGUAUAACUGGUGGCCUGGCCUUGACUGCAGUUUCCGAUGGCCAUGUGUCUUUGAUCCUGGGGAUUGUCAUCCUCGCUGUCGUGGCACUUUUGAUCUCCUUUAUCGGGCUGAACGCGAUUCUGGUCUAUGAACGAUACGCAUGGAUGAUCUUCUUUGUUAUCUUCAUGAUAAUCUACGGCGAGACUGGUCAGUACGCCGAUAACAGGAGUCCAGCGACUGCAGAGGGACUGACGCUGUCUGGAUCGCUUCUCAGUCUGCUGGCAGUUGUCUACGGUUCUAGCGCCUCGUGGUGCACCAUGGCCAGCGAUUACUACGUCCAUUAUCCUGCCGACGUCAACCGCGUGAAAGUCUUCCUGUUAACAACCUUUGGUAUUGCUUUGCCGACAUGUAUCCCCAUGAUUGCUGGAUGCGUGGUGGCUUCUGCGUUCCAAAACAAACCAGAAUGGCAAAGCGCCUACGAAGACCAAGGGCUGGGCUAUCUCAUCCAGGACAUGCUGUAUCCACGGGGAUUUGCCAAGUUCCUUCUGACCCUUCUGGUUCUGUCUGGCAUCAAUCAAAAUGUGAUCAGCAUCUACAGCUCUGCCAUCUCUUUUCAGCAGCUGGCUCGACCGUUCGCUCGCAUUCCCCGUUUUCUGUGGACGAUAUUCUCCUUCGCCUGUAUAUUGGCGCUAGCAGUUGGUGGAAGAGCAAAGUUAAAUGACUAUCUUCAAAACUUUCUGAGCUUGCUUGGUUAUUGGUGUACCAGCUAUGCGAUUAUCUUAUUUGAGGAGCACUUUAUCUUCCGCAAGGGCAAAUUCGAUAACUACGACCUGGAAGGAUGGAACGACCCGGCCAGGUUACCUAUCGGUAUUGCUGCUGCGGUCUCAUUCUGUCUGGGAAUUGUAGCGUGGUGUAUGGGAAUGGACGAGACCUGGUUUAUUGGUCCUUUGGCUAAGAUUAUCGGCGAGUCUGGUGGUGAUGUUGCCAACGAGCUGACCUUUGUCGUUACUGCGCUGUCUUACCCACCAGCUAGGUAUUUGGAGCUGAAGUACUUCGGUCGCUAGCUUUUACAUAAAAUAGAAUAGUUAGAAACAUCCUGUCAGUCACUUGAACCGCGGGUUUAUUUAUAUAGCAGUAAACAUUUAUAUACAGGUUUCCGGUCCGAGAUAGAUACGACUGUCCAAGCGGGCUAUUAUUCA